AAGGGGGCCAGUCAGACACUUUUCAUGUGACAGCAGAGGUGGACAAUCAGAGUUAAAGACAGGAAAACAACACAGACUGAGAGAAAGCUAAGAAGAGGAGAGGGUAGGACCGAAAAAGCGACAAGCGUUUACGAGCCCCCCUGUUUAUGAACAUCCAUCUCACGACGCAGUCUCAAAGGACAGUUCACUGCGUUAAGUUGGGUAUUAGCACCGGGUGAGAGCGAGAUAAUUCUGCAUUAGGUCGUUGGCUCCUCUGCGGACAGAGGACUUUCUGCACAAAGCAGCUAAAAGACAGCUGUGGAUAUCACGUGUCUACAGUCUCUCAGACUUCAGCCGUCACCGCAUUCAGAAAUACUACGGUGCUUUCAUCGAAGGCAAACCAAGAUAAGAAGAGGUUGGUUGUUACUCCCUUUUGCAUCUAGCAUGGACACCCUGUCGUCACUCUUACAUGGAGGCCGAGAUGGUCAUAUUUUACAAGUGACAGAGGGAUUGGGUCAUAAGGGAGCUCGUCGCAAAAGAGAGUUCAUACCUGACGAGAAGAAGGAUGACCUCUACUGGGAGAAACGAAAGAAGAACAACGACGCAGCCAAGCGGUCUCGGGAGAAGAGAAGGAUGAACGACUAUGUGCUGGAGACUCAUCUCCUGUCCAUGAAAGAAGAAAACACCAGACUUAGUGCUGAAUUAAUGGCCAUCAAACUGCGCUUUGGCCUGGUCCCCUCUGCAGCCUACACUGCUCACCCAAACCCCCACCUGCACACACACCACCAGGCCCUUCAGAGGGACUAUUACUGGGGUGGCAGAGACCCUGUGAUGCCCAGACACCAACCACCUCACCCUCUCUUCAUCCCUGCUUAUGCCCUUCAUGCCAUGAGAGGCUAUUCAUAUUUGAACGCGUCCAGUACUACGGGUUCUGGCUUCCUAUCUCCCCUUCUCCUCUCUCAAGAUCUCCUGCACUCAUCCCGUCCUGGAGCUCCCCUCCUGAGGCCAAUUCCUACCAAAGUUGCUUCAGAUGAGGAUGAGGAGCAGCAGGACCCUGGGGUGUUGUCCCGGUCCUGGCCAUCUCCACCUGGCAAAAUCACCUCCAGAGGGGAUAGAAACUACUCUCCAACCAGACAAUACAUGUCCGAUUGACAAUCGAUUCCUAGAUCCUUGCUCCGAUACUGAUACCUGUAUUCCUCGGUUACAGCCUAAAAUGCUGGAUCUGGUAUUGGUGGAGUAUGAGAGUCCAUUCAGUAAAACGAUAUAAUGUUAUCUUAUCAUUUAUCAGCUAAACUCACUGCCCUCUUCUCUACUGUGCUUAUUCAACUCUCACCAGAGAUGAGUGUGACAAAUAUUCAGUUGUUUGGCAUUCAUUUUUUGUGUAUGUUUUUGUAAAUGUUUUACAAAGCUUUAACCUGAGCAAUGCUUUACAACAAUGAUCACAGCCAUAUAGGAUUAGUAUUAUACAGCUGUUAAAAUAAUAAUAAUCAUAUAUUUCAGUUUUUAAAGUCCAGGUAUCGAUAAGUAAAAUAAAUUCCAUCGGAACUUCUCUAUCCAAAAACACAAAGGUUUGUCCACUCUACAUAUUGACUGAGAAACUAAAUUCUUAAAUUUCGCUUUAUUUACAGUCAUAUUUUCCUGCUGACUGUAAUUCAAGAGCUUUAUUUUUGUUAAUAAAUAGUGCAUAAUGCAUUCAAAGAAGCACUGUUACAAAGUAACACACUACAGCCACAUUAAGAACAUUACGGCAGAAAAUGUAAGUAGGUGUUCAAAUAGAUUCCAAUCAGGUAUAAGUUCAAACCACACAUCAAAAAAAAUAGAGCUCUGAAACUACUUCAGCUUUUCUCUGCGAGCGCUCUAAUGACAAAGUUGAGAAGAUGUCGAAUUGUGUGUUAUAAAGAUUACAGCUCACUUAGGACUAGACUAAAAACUAUCCAACCAAUCCAAGCUGCACAAACAAUUUCCUUUUUAACAAUUGAAAAGAUCUUACAAUGCACAUUUCUUUUGAUUUUAAAAAGACAAACCCAUUGACU